AUGAUUACCACUAUUGAUUUUGAUUGUGAUGAUAAUAAUAAUGAAAAUGGCAUCGAAGAUGGUGAUUAUGAUGAUGGAGAUGAUAUUGAUGAUGAUAAUGAAAAAGAAGAUCCAUUUAGUCCAAAAUGUCGAAUACCAUUACCGAAUCUAUAUGGUGGUGGUGGUAAUGAUAAUCAUAGCUAUUUUGAUUCAUCAACAUUCAUCAAACGUCGUAAUGAACGUGAACGUACAAGAGUUCGUAAUGUUAAUGAUGGAUUUGAACGUUUAAGAAAUCAUUUACCAUUAUUACCGAAUCAACGUGAAAAACGUUUAUCCAAAGUUGAAACAUUACGUUUAGCUAUUUCAUAUAUAAAACAUUUACAAAAUCUUUUAGAAUCUUGAUCGAACAUCGAAACAAAUAGGAAGCUAAUUGCGAAAAAUUGUCGAACACCAUCGACAAUCGACAAAACUAUCGAUUAUAUCGAUU